UGUAUUGCCAGCAACGUGGCGGCCACUGGAGGAUCCCUUCCUGUGCGUCCUUCAAGUCUCUCUCCCAUUCUCUCUCUAUCGAUUUCACUCGCUCGAUCGAUUCCAUAAUAUCUUCUUCUUCCCCAAAAGUCAAAAUUUUCAUGACCCUCUCACCUUUGGAUCCUGUUUUACUGUGCUGAUCCUUGGAUUUCUGGCUUCCUCACCCCUCUGCGUGUGAAUUCAGAGUUUCUCAGCUUUGGAAUUUACACUGUUAAACCUCAAGAUCGUCUCUUUCUUUUGUUCAGAUUGAAACCCUAGUCUCGUCGCAGUUCUUCUCUUGAAUUCGAUCAACUCUGGCUUCGUUCGUGGUUUAUAGCUAUUAAUUUAGGUGAAAGUUCAAUAAUUUUUCUUUAUCUGAUUCUAUCUGCCGGCUUAUUACCGAUCAAUUCGCCGACAACCUGUGUUGGUUCCGGGUGAACAUUUGAAUACCUAAGGAAAUGUCUGUGGAGAGGUCGUUUGAAGCCUGGGAGGAGGUUCAGCGACAUGGACAAGACUUGGCUGACAGACUUGCUCAGGGCUUCACGGGUUUGAUUCAAAUCAACCCACCUUCAUUCCCAUGGCCGAAUCCGCCGAAAGCGAAGCUUUUCGAUCUGGAGUUCCCGGGUCAGCAUUUCGGGGUUAGGGAUUCUGGGUUUUCAGUCGAACAACCCAUCAAUGGUGUUUCAGCAAUUCUCGACAUCGGGAACAUGAUUGGUCAAGCCGGGGCUGAUUUUGGCGCUGGAUUGAACGUGAUGGUUCAGCAAAUCUUCAGGAGAUUGCCUGUCCCGUUCCGACAAGAGGACAACACCCAUGUUUCUACGAGGGAAGAUGCAAAUACUGAGAACCAGAGGGCUUAUCUGGAAUUGAGUAUGAACACACAAGAAGAUUUGGGAUUGGCUGCUGAACGGUUGAAAGAUUCGGGUUUUACGAAGACGGACACUGGUUCUGUUGCAGUGACUGAGGAGGAAGUUCCCGAGUUCAAUUUAAGGACUGCUGGAUUGCUCGGGAGGCCGAAGGGAACAGUUGAUAUGUCGUCAAGUUAUGAUAGCAGAACAAAUGAUAUGGAGCAUUCAUUGGCGGCCAGGGGAGACCUCUGGAGAGUUGAGGCUUCAACUUCGAGUUCCGCUGCAAGAGAUGACAGUUCAUCUCUGUUUCUUCUCCAGCUCGGCCCACUACUCUUUCUCCGUGAUUCAACUCUUCUCUUACCCGUCCAUUUAUCAAAGCAACACUUACUUUGGUAUGGAUAUGAUAGGAAGAGAGGAAUGCAUUCACUCUGUCCGGCUGUCUGGUCAAAGCAUCGGAGAUGGCUCAUGAUGUCCAUGCUCUGCCUCAAUCCUUUAGCUUGUUCAUUUGUGGACUUGCAGUUCCCAAAUGGGCAAUUGACUUAUGUAUCGGGCGAGGGGCUUACAACAAGCGCCUUUGUACCUUUCUGUGGCGGCCUUCUUCAAGUACAGGGCCAAUAUCCAGGAGAAAUGAGAUUUAGUUUUUCUUGUAAGAACAAAUGGGGAACACGUAUCACUCCGAUGGUAUAUUGGCCGGACAAAUCAUUCGGGUUGGGUAUUUCUCAAGCCUUGGCUUGGCGGAGGUCCGGCCUCAUGAUGAAACCGACAAUUCAAUUAAGCGUAUGUCCUACAUUUGGUGGGAGCAAUCCCGGGACGAAGGCAGAAGUUGUCCACUCGGUGAGCGAUGAUCUGAAUCUGAUAUGUGGCUGUACGUUUACCGCUCAUCCUUCAGCAUUUGCGUCCAUAUCCUUUGGUCGGUCCAAGUGGAAUGGCAAUGUCGGAAGAACAGGAAUAGUCCUUAGAGCGGAUACACCUCUUGCAAGCGUCGGCCGUUCAUCAUUUUCAGUCCAGCUUAAUAACGCUUUCGAGUUCUGAUAUACACAUAGCUUUAAUGUUCAUGUGUUUGACUCUUUUUUGCCACGGAAUGAGAUGUAUAUAAUAAUCAACUCAGUAACCCACAAAGACGCAAAACAUUACGUGACCACCAAACUUUUGUCAUGUUAAAUCCGACAAAUCUUCCUACUUCCUUAACGUAUGAUCUCUGAGAUUGUCUGAA